AUGCCCCCACCGAAGGGGGGCGGCUGUGGCCAGCGCGCCCCUUUCCCGCGCCCUCGCAGGGGACACGCGGGGAGAGCCGCGGCCCCGCCUUUCCCGCUGGGGCCCCGCGCGCCGGAAAUUAGAAUAUAUAAAGUAAUUGUAGGGUAUUUCUGGAAUUUUAUUUUUCAAGUUAAUUCAUUUUUUAAAAAGGAAACUAAGAAGAGAAAGCGUACAGAAGUGGAAGAGGUGUCAGAAGACCAGAGCUCAUCUGUCGUGCAAGAACCUCCUUUAAAGGCAAAGAAAGCCAGAAGAGCAAAAAAGGAACUUUCAAAAGCAGAGAAAAAAUUGACAAACAGAGAGCGUGCUUUGGAGCAGGCAGACGAAGAGGAGGAGCAGAAACUGUUUCAAAACAAAGAGAAGCAAAAAAAAAGGACUUCUCAAGCCAUCACCAAAAGUGUUGCUAAUUCCGCUACAGGCACUACUGUAAAACAACAAAAGGAAAAAAAGGUGCCUGAUGAAACGGUAAACAGAAGAACAGUGUUUGUUGGAAACUUGCCCGUCAACUGUACUGCUCAGGCACUGAAAUCUCUUUUUAAAGAGUAUGGACAAAUAAAAUCCAUUCGAUUCCGGUCUUUGGUUCCAGCUGAAGAUACUAUAUCCAAAAAGUUAGCAGCGAUAAAGCAUAAGGUGCACCCUAAUGCGAAGUUCAUUAAUGCUUACAUUGUAUUUAAGGAAGAAUGUGAUGCUAUUAAGGCUCUGAAAGAAAACGGAACAGAAAUUGCUAGUGGAUUUCACAUCAGAGUUGACAUUGCAUCAAAAAGCAGUUCGCAUGACAAUAAACGAUCUGUAUUCCUGGGAAAUCUCUCAUAUGAAAAAAACAGUUUGGAUAUUUGCAGUGCUCUGAAAAUGACUUCAGCUUGAACCUUUCUCAGCACAUCUAAGUCCCAUUGCUGUAAUUAAACCUGUACUAGUAAAGUCAGCUCUCCCCUUAGCAUGGGUACAAUUAUAUCUGUGUAAAGGGAUUUGAAGUGUACCUAUACAGAAAAGAAUAACCUGUAUUUUUGUGUUGUUACAUGAUGCUUGUCUGUGUGCAUAGGCAUGAGACUGAGAAAGCCUCACACAUCUGGCCAUUACCAGAAUGAUUGUGUGGCAACUAUGGUUGGAAACUGUAAAUCCUUUCUCCUCCAUUCAGCUAAAAUUCACGGUUCAGUCGAUGAGUAUUAGACUUCAAGAACUGCCAGCUCAAGCUCAUUAUCAGCAGCAUUAAUUCUCAGAAAGAGAUUCUGGCAUAAGAAUGAGCUACAAAAAUGUAGCACAAAACUUAAUUUCAAGCCAUAAACAAAUUGUUUGAAAAAUGUAUUUCAGUCUUUGCCUUCAUUCUCUCGUAUGACUUACAUUGCACUCUUCAAAGUUAGAGAAUCGGUAACUGUCAAAGUAAAUAGUCCUUUAUAAAGUCUGCAUUGUUAACUUGCUGGAAUUUU